AUGAACGAAGCCAGCAGGAAGCCCGUCGAUGCUCCUGACAAAGACGCAGAGAAGGACGCUGCUGCUGCAAUUGCUGCUGCUCCUUCAGCCGACUCCGAUCUAGUCGACUGGGAUGGGCCCAACGACCCUGAAAACCCACGAAACUGGUCCCAAAGCCUCAAGACAGCCCAUGUGGCACUUCUCAGUCUGUCGGUGUUAUAUGCCAACUUGGCCACCACCAUGUUUGCCCCAGGGGCCGCGUUUAUGCAGCGGGACUUUGGUUUCACAAGCAGCACCGUCGAGGUCUUGACAAUCACGAUUGCUUCGCUGGGAUUUGCCAUCGGUCAGCUCUUCGCCGGCCCGCUAUCCGAGGUCUUUGGCCGCUCACCCAUCUAUCGUGUGAGCUCUAUCCUCUACAUGGGAUUCACUGCUGGCUGCGCCCGCAGUACCCACAUCGCCGAAUUCCUCGUUUUUCGCUGGUGCACAGGCUUCUCGGCUGCCUCUUAUAUGUCCACUGGAGGCGGCACAAUCGCUGACCUUCUCCCCAAGGAGAAGCGUGGCGGGGCCAUGGCCUUGUACACCGCUGGCCCGGUUCUCGGCCCCGUUAUUGGUCCGAUCAUCGGGGGUUUCGUCACCCAGGAUCUGAGCUGGAGGUGGUGUUUUUACCUUAUUCUGAUGCUAUCCGGAGUUAUCAACCUAGCAGCUUUCUUUGUCAUGCGAGAGACAAGUUCUCUUGUCCUCCUCAAACGCAAGGCGGCCCGCCUUCGCAAAGAGACAGGCAACGAAAAUCUGCGGGCCGUGGGUGACAUGCAGCUCCCGGCCCGCGUGCUGAUCCUCAACGCCCUAUACCGCCCAGUCAGGCUUCUCGUGCUGUCGCCCAUAGUGGGCUUGACGGCCAUUUACCUGGGCUUCGUCUUUGGCGUCGUCAUGCUCCUCUACGCCACCUUUCCGGAAGUCUUUGAGAACACCUACGGCUGGAGUGUCGGGGUCUCGGGGCUGGCUUACAUUGGCCUCGGGAUUGGAUCCGUGUUCGGCAUGUUUCUGUUUGCCAAGUUCAGCGACCGCCUGCUGCAUACCAAAAAUGGUACUAUAUACCGCCCGGAGCAACGGCUGAUCCUCAUGAUGUGGGUCGCCCCCGUGGUCCCCGUCGGCAUGUUCCUGUACGGCUGGGCGGCCAAGUACAAGCUGCACUGGAUUGUGCCCAUCAUUGGUACGACAAUCGCAGCACCGGGCGGUAUUAUUAUCACCUCAGGGUCACAGAUCUACAUGAUCGACGUCUUUGGACCACAGGCCGCCGCGUCUGCCCUGGCUGCUGUCACUCUUCUGCGCAACCUGAUGGGCUGCUUCCUACCCCUUGCCGCCCCGGCCCUCUAUGACAAUCUCGGUCUGGGCUGGGGAAACAGCGUGUUGGCCUUCAUCACCUUGGCUUUUGUGCCGGUGCCUUUCUUGUUUUACAAAUGGGGUGAGUGGUUGCGCGAAAGUUUUCCCGUUAAGAUUUAG